UGUGAGAAACCCAGGUGUAUUACCCACCACUAUGGAUUUGCUUUCUCAACUACCUUUAGCAAUUGCCUUGCUUUUAGCUUCACUGUGGUUGUACAAGCAGUGGAGAUCAACAACUCAGAGUCACAAGCUCAAGCUCAAGUCGCCCCCUGAGCCACCGGGCGCAUGGCCCUUAAUAGGCCACCUCCGUCUGCUCAGUGGCCAAGUUCCCCUGUCUCGGACCCUGGGAGCCAUGGCCGACAAGUACGGUCCGGUCUUCUUGUUCCGGCUCGGUGUUCACCCUGUGCUCGUGGUGAACAAUUGGGAGUCUUUCAAAGAGUGUUUCACCACGCAUGAUAUAGCCUUCGCCUCGCGCCCACAAUCCAGUGCAUCCAAGUACCUCAGCUACAACUUGGCCUUUCUCGGCUUUUGCUCAUACGGCUCAUACUGGCGAGACAUACGUAAACUGGUAGUGAUCCAACUACUUUCGGCCCAUCGUCUCGAGCAAUUCAAACAUGUUCGAGUGUCUGAAAUCGACACCAGCAUCAAAGAACUGUACCGCCUGGGCAAAACCAAUCAGCCAGACGAGGCCGUAGAGAUAACCUCGUGGAUCGAGCAACUGACCAUAAACAUAAUCACGAGGAUGGUCUCGGGGAAGAGGUACUUCGAUUGGAGCGGCGCAGUGCAAGAUCCCAGGGCGGAGAAUUUCAUGAGAGCUAUAAAGGAGUUCAUGUAUGUCAGCGGGAAUUUCUUCUCGUCGGACGUGAUCCCUUAUCCUCCGCUGACGUGGGUGGACUGGGGUGGCAAACUGAGGAACGUGAAGAGGAUUAUGAGGGAGUUAGAUGAUAUUAUUCAGAGUUGGGUACACGAACAUGUUGUUGAGAGGAGAAGAGAGAGAGAGGAAAAGGAUGAGGACUUCAUUGAUGUGAUGUUGUCUGAGAUUGAGGAAGGGGGGAAUUAUGGGCACAUGAGGGAUACCAUCAUCAAGGCAACAGUGCUGAAUCUCAUAAUAGCAGGGGCCGACACCGGAUCCAUCAACCUGUCAUGGAUCCUCUCCAUCCUCCUCAACAACCGACCCGCACUGGCUCGCGCCCGAGAAGAGAUCGACGCCCAGAUCGGCAAAACCCGAUGGGUCGAAGAAUGCGACGUCAAAAACCUAGUCUAUCUCCAAGCAAUCGUCAAAGAAUCACUCCGGCUGUACCCGCCCGCCCCUCUCUCCGUCCCGCAUAUAGCCACGGCCGACUGCGAAGUCGGCGGGUACCACAUCCCGAAGGGCACCCGUUUGCUCCCCAACUUGUGGAAGCUCCACCGAGACCCGAGGGUGUGGCCCGACCCGGAGAAGUUCGCGCCGGAACGGUGGCUGGCGGGCAACCAUGCGGCGGGGCUGGAUGUUUCGGGGAAAAAUUUCGAGUACGUCCCGUUCGGGGCGGGCCGGCGGUCGUGCCCCGGGCUCGCGUUAGGGAUGCAUGUGGCGCAGUUGGCGCUGGCGAGGCUGGUUCAAGGUUUUGAAUUCGCGACGCCGGGAGACGAGGCCGUGGAUAUGAGUGAAGGAUUGGGGAUUUCCUUGCCUAAGGUAAAACCGAUUGACGUGUUGAUCACUCCUCGGCUUGCUUCGGAACUCUAUGAAGGCUAGUUCGCAAGACGACUUAAUUACUCUGGAAUGUACUAGUAAUUAAUGGAGACCGGAGAGUAUCUCUUGAUAUCCAAACAUAGUAGUAUCAAUUAAAAUAAAAUAAAAAUAGUAGUAACAGAUAAGUUAAAUUCUGUACUAGAAUAAUGCUACGGCCACAUCACUCGGCCAUAUCCCGACUGUAUCACUCUCACAUGCUAUGCCGCAGAUCAUAUACUCUGUUGGAGGACGAAUAUUUGUCACUGGUUUGUUUUUAAUAUAUGAGUCCUUAAAAUAA